UAGAACUCUUAACCCAAGACAAUCGAACUUUUCUCAGACUUGAAUUAAAACACCAAAAUUCACCUUAGAAAUUGAAGAAGAAUAUUCGUAUGUGGUUCGAUAAUCGAUCCCUGGUGAGGGAAGGAAGUUCUGUUGGAUUUUAGCCACUAUAAAUGCGUAUCUUUAUGCGUCAUCAAUAAGCCAAGCCGUGAUCUCUUUCACUGUGACAAUGGCCCUUCUUGUUUUUCUUUCCAAAAACCAGAUACCCAAACCCUAAAUUGCUUGCCUUUUCACAAUCUACGCACAACCAAAGCAAAGUUCCCAUUUUCCAGAUCUGACUAAACUAAACCAAUCCUUUAGAUCGGCUUAAACCUUUAAAAAGUAAAUAAAGACCCAGUUUUUAAUAUUUUUUCACUAAUUAUAUCUAUUUUGAAGUUGUAUUAAGUUGAGUUAAAAAAAAUUCGUUUGUGAUUUUACGUGAUCACGUUGGAUUCUGCGGGAUUUAAGCUAAUUAGAUCUGUUUUUGGGUAUUUUUAAUUUAUAUAUGUUGUUUUAGCAGUUUAAUUUUUUUUUAUCGGUUUGGGAGCGUUUUUUCUUUUUCCUCAAUGGCAGUGCCAUCGGGAAAUGCAGUUUUAUCAGAUAAAAUGCAGUUUCCUGCUCCUUCAGCUGCAGUAGCUGGCGCCGGAGGUGGUGAUGCUGGAGCCGUUGGCGGUGCAGGAGGAGGAGGUGGAGGAGGAGGAGGAGGUGCAGAGUUCAACCAGCACCAUCAUCGGAAUUGGUUUCCCGAUGAGCGUGAUGGCUUUAUCUAUUGGUUGCGGGGUGAAUUCGCAGCAGCCAAUGCUAUGAUUGACUCCCUUUGUCAUCAUUUGCGUGAGGUCGGGGAAGUUGGGGAGUAUGAAGCCGUCAUAGCUUGCAUUCAGCAAAGGAGAUGUCACUGGAACCCUGUGCUUCAUAUGCAGCAGUACUUUUCGAUUGCUGAGGUUUCCUAUGCUCUUCAACAGGUGGCCUGGAGAUGUAGGCAAAGGCAUUGUGAUCAUGGGAAAGUUGGGGGAAAGGAUUUUAAAAGGUCUGGAUUUGGCUUUAAGGGGCAUAGGGUAGAGGUGGCCAAAGAAAUACAGAAUUCUGUGGUGGAUACUAAUGGGAAUUCUACUGUUACCGCUGUUUCAGAGAGAAAUGAGAGAGGGAGUGAGAAAUAUGAGGAACUUAAGUUAGGUGGUGAGUUAGGGAAGGUGGAAGAUAAAGGCUCAGUUGUCACAGAGGAAAAAUCGUCUCUUUCCUGUUUAGCUAGGAACAGCUGGAAUAGAUUGGAACAUGAUUCACAUCCUGCACAAAAUCAGAAUGAAAACCAGACUCUGGCAUUGCUUCCAAAAACUUUUGUUGGUAAUGAGAUGUUUGACGGAAACAUGGUCAAUGUGGUGGAUGGGCUAAAAUUGUAUGAGAAACUGUUUGAUGAGAAGGAAGUUUCUGACCUUGUCUCCUUGAUAAAUGAGUUAAGGGCUGCUGGGAAAAGAGGACAUUUUCAAGUUCAGACAUAUGUAGCUUCAAAAAAACCGAUGAAGGGACAUGGCAGAGAGAUGAUUCAGUUGGGCCUUCCAAUUGCUGAUGCCCCUCUGGAUGGUGAAACUGCUGCCAGGACUUCCAAAGUAGAUCGGAGAAUAGAAGCCAUUCCUUCCUUGUUGCAAGAUACUAUUGAACGUUUGGUCGACUUGCAAGUUAUUACUGCAAAGCCAGACUCUUGCAUCAUUGAUGUCUAUAAUGAGGGGGAUCAUUCACCGCCUCGAAUGUGGCCACCUUGGUUUGGAAACCCUACUUUCGUCUUGUUCUUGACUGAGUGUGACAUUACUUUUGGAAGGGUUAUUGGGGUUGAUCAUCCGGGUGAUUUCAAAGGCUCUCUAAAGCUUUCUCUUUCACCUGGAUCGCUCCUCGUAAUGGAAGGAAAAUCGGCUGAUUUUGCCAAACAUGCACUACCUUCUGUCCGAAAGCACCGCAUGCUUGUUACAUUUACCAAGUAUCAACCAAAGCAAUCUGUGGCUGACAACCAGAGGCCUCCUUCACCUUCGGUUUCUCAGUCUCCACAAUGGGGUCCACCAUCUAGUCGAUCACCCAACCGUUUUCGCCAUUCUGCUGGCACCAAGCAUUUUGCAGCAAUACCAACAACUGGUGUACUGCCAGCUGCAGCAAUUCGGCAACAAAUUCCACCCGCAAAUGUUGUUCAACCAUUAUUUGUGCCUGCACCUGCUAUUCCAUUUCCUGCUCCAGUUCCCAUCCCGCCUGGUUCGACUGGGUGGUCAGCCGCUGCUGGUCAAAGGCAUUUUCCACCUCAUCUACCCAUUCCUGGCACUGGAGUUUUCUUGCCUCCACCAGGCUCAAAUUCAUCGUCUCAACAAUUGUCAACUAUUGCAACCGAACUCAACAUUCCCAUGGAGACAAUUUCCCCUUUGGAAAACAGUAAUGGUUCAGGGAAACUCACUCACCAUACAACUUCAUCUAGAGGGAAGUGUGAUGGACCAUCACCAAAACAAGGCUGCAAUGGAAGUGUAGAUGAAACCGGUAAUGGAAGAGCUAUGAUGAAGGAAGAGCAGCAAUGUGCUUGACAAGCAAACCUGCUAAUGCAGUUUAGAGUGAGAAAGAGAAAGAGGUAGGCUGCAAACAGAAAUGAGUUUCAAGCAAAUGUAAAGAUCGGGUGGCAUUCGAAACUUUUUUUGACAUUUCAUACUGGUGGGGGAAGGGAAGAACUUCUCAGUUCUCUCUAUAAUCUUUCAUUUGUGUUUUUGGUUAUCAUAUGCACUCUUAAAGUAUGUGGAAAACUCCAUUUUUGAUUUAA